AUGAGAAGUAUUGUCAUCGUCCAGCCCUCGAUAUACGGAAACGACAAUACUCUCCUUAUCAAUGCUCUCACGAGACUCGGAACGCGGCACGGUCGCGGCGUCGUAGGCUUCGAUGCCAAUACAAUCUCCUUCAAAACCCUGCAAGAAUGGGACAAGCUUGGUGUACGGGGCGUACGAUUGAACAUCAAGUCCAACAACAUUAAGCUCACCGAAGCCCAACUGCAGGCGCAGGUCAAGCAGUACGCCGAGAUAAUCAAGCCACUGAACUGGGUCCUUGAACUGUACAUUGGCAUGGAAGAUUUGCCGAAGCUUGAGCCCAUUGUUGGAGACCUUGGCGUCACACUUUCCAUUGCCCACUUUGGCGCGCCAAAUCUCCCGCCUCCUGAAAACAGGACUCUACCCUUCGAUCCAUAUACCCUCGCUGGUUUCCAAUCUCUAGUCAACCUUUUGAAAGGCGGUAAUACAUAUCUCAAGUUUUCUGGCGCCUAUCGGUUUGAUAAGGACCCGGCAUAUCGCGGUGUUGAGGGCAUUGCCCGUGAGUUGCUGAAAUUUGCUGGGGAUAGGAUCAUUUUCGCGUCAGAUUGGCCGCAUACUAGAUUUGAAGGGCUGGAUAUCAGGCCUUUUGUUGAAAAGGUACUGGAUUGGACGGAAGAGACGAAUUUGAAGGAGAAGGUGUUCAGCAGGAAUGCUCAUGUACUGUGGGAUAUUCCCCUUCCUAGAUAG